AUGAAAAGACCCUCUUUGUUAUUAAAAGGCACUCUCAAAUGUGUACUAUUAUUUGUGAUUGGAGUGUACAUCCUUUACAUCCUCAAGUUAAAUUAUAGCCCCGAAGAAUGUGACAUGAAGAAACAAGCCCAGAAAUAUGCCCGGCAAGUAUUGCAAGGGGAAUGUCGGCCCUCUUUUGUGAAGAAGGGAAUGGACAGAUUAUUUAAAGAGAAGUAUAGUUUGGGACUAUCACCUUUCGUAAAGCAAAACUCAGAAGCGAAUGAAGCUGCAUAUCAAUAUGAUCCUCCGUUUGGAUUUCGCAAAUUCUCCAGGAAACUUCAAAAUCUUUUGGAACUUUUACCAGAACAUGAUUUGCCAGAACACUUGAAAACAAAGAGCUGUAAACGUUGUAUUGUUAUAGGAAGUGGUGGAAUUCUCCAUGGAUUGGGACUGGGCCCUGCAUUGAAUCAGUUCGAUAUUGUUAUAAGGCUAAACAAUGCACCAGUCCAGGGGUAUGCAGAUCACGUUGGGAAUAAAACCACGAUAAGGAUGACGUAUCCAGAGGGAGCUCCGCUUUCUGAACAUGAAUAUUAUUCAAAUGGAUUGUUUGUUGCUGUUUUAUUUAAGAGUGUUGACUUCAACUGGCUACAAGCAAUGGUGAAAAACGAAUCUGUGCCACUGUGGGUGCGACUGUUCUUCUGGAAGCAGGUGGCAGAGAAAAUUCCACUGCAAUCCAAACAGUUUAGAAUUCUGAAUCCAGUGAUCAUUAAAGAAACAGCCUUGGAUAUACUUCAGUAUCCAGAGCCACGAUCAAAAAUCUGGGGUUGGGAUAAGAAUGUACCCACAAUUGGAGUUACUGCCGUUGUCCUGGCCACCCACUUAUGUGAUGAAGUUAGCUUAGUGGGUUUUGGAUAUGACCUCAGCCAACCCAACACACCUUUGCACUAUUUUGACACUCUCUGCAUGGCUGCUAUGAAUGGACAAACUAUGCACAAUGUGACAAGAGAAACUCUAUUUCUCCAGAAACUGGUUCAAGAAGAAGUUGUGAAAGACCUCAGUGGAGGAAUUCAUUGUGACUUUUGUAAAAAGGAAAGUGAACAAUCUAAACGGAAAAUGCCUUUGGGAAUCUGA